UUGCCUGUGUUCCAUCAUUAGUCUUCGUUAGGCGGUCUGUGUGUCAACAACGUGUUGCUCGGCACUCGCACUCAGUGUUACAAAUUAUAAGCAACAAAUGCCCGGGUUGCGUGCGUGAAGAUAAAUACCAAACUACGUUUAUCAUUCGAACCGAACUGUGCAGAAAUUGUGUUGAGUGCAGUCUUAGCUGCAGCUAACAGUUUGCCACAAAGUGUUGCAUACUCAAUAAUUAUUUGUGCUGCGUGUGCAACAAGUAAACGCAUUUAAUCUAGUGUAGUACUUCAAAACUUUGUUCAAGUGUCUUGACUUUAAAGUGAAUCCGCUGCUAAGCAAAACCAAGUCAAGUGGCAUCCAUCAGCAACAGCAACAACAACCAAACCAACAAGUGGAAACGCAUUAAGUCUCGGUCGAGAAACAAAACUCAGAAGCUGCUGCAGAGACGCGAACGUGACGCGUUUGCUUUUUGUGUGUGCUCAACUUAAUCAAAAAGACGCACGCAACGUGCGGCAAGUAGCUGCCAAGCAUGCCGCAUCAUCAGCGCCAUAAAAUGGCGGCAUUGUUCAGCCUGGCUCUGCUAUUGCUGCUGAGCUGCUGCCUCAUCGCACCCGCCGCCGCACGCUCGCGCGAUAAGGAAGAGCGUCGCAGUCGUGCCCGGGGCCAGGCGAAUGGCUCGGGCGCUGCAUCCGCCAUGACCAGCAACAAUGGCAACUAUUACAGCAGCAGCAGCAGCGGCAGCGGCAGCAGCUCAGCGUCCUCAGCUACAGGCCUCUCCGGCUACACUGGACCCAUUGACAGCACUGGCUUCUGCAUGCGGCGUCGCGACAUGAAGCUCAUGUGCUACUGCACGCCGGACGAGAACCACAUGCCCGUGCAGAAGGCCGAGUGCUGGGUAUUCUCGGAGGGACUGCAUCAGAACGACACCACCUGGACGCGCUUCUAUCAGCAGAAGCGUCUGCGCGAGCUCAAGUUCGUCAUACAGAACAAUGCGCGCCUGGACUACAUACCCACCAUGAUCAUUGAGCCGCUGAAGAAUCUGAGCAGCAUUGUCAUCGAAUAUUCCCAGGUGGAGAUUGUCAAGAGCUACGCGUUUGCCAACUUGCCCUUCCUCGAGCGCAUUAUACUGAACAACAAUCACAUUAUGGCGCUGGAUCAGGACGCCUUUGCCAAUCACAUUCGCCUGCGUGAGCUCAACCUGGAGCACAAUCAGAUAUUCGAAAUGGAUCGUUAUGCGUUUCGCAAUUUGCCGCUCUGCGAGCGACUCUAUCUGAACAACAACAACAUUAGCACUUUGCACGAAGGACUCUUUGCGGAUAUGGCGCGUUUAACUUAUUUGAACUUGGCGCACAAUCAAAUCAAUGUGCUGACCAGCGAGAUCUUCAGAGGCCUGGGCAAUCUCAAUGUGCUGAAGCUAACGCGCAACAAUCUCAACUUUAUAGGCGACACAGUCUUUGCCGAGCUCUGGAGUCUCAGCGAGCUGGAGCUGGACGACAAUCGCAUUGAGCGCAUAUCGGAGCGUGCUUUGGAUGGAUUGAACAAUUUGAAAACAUUAAACUUGCGCAACAAUUUGCUGAAGAAAAUUGACAAUGGCCUGCUGCGGGGCACUCCGGCGCUGCUGUCAAUCAAUGUGCAGUCGAAUAAAUUGGAAACGUUAACCUUCUACACGUUCCAGCCAAUUAUGGACAACUUGGUCAAUAGCACCAGCGAGCUGUUGGUGUCAGAAAAUAAAUUCAUUUGUGAUUGUCGUCUGCAGUGGAUCUUCGAAUUGAAAAAUCGCACACGUCAUUUGCAGCUGCGUGACUCGUUGGAUGAUUUCAUUUGCACACUCCACGAGCCGAAGCUGGCGCACUUUGUCGAUCCGGUGCCGUCGCAUAUCCUGGACAUACUCAACAUUGGCGGCUUCACAGCCAUUGGCAGCAACAGCGCCAGCAUGGGCGGCAUUGGCAACAGCGUGGGCCUGAGCAGCGGCAGCAACUAUGCGAGCCUCGAUGAGUUGAACAGCAAUGCUGGACUCGGCUCACGUAAGCACAGCUCGAGCAAAUCCCGUCAAGCGUUGCGUGGCCAGCGGCAGUUUGCCGAGAAUGUAGUCGAGUCCAAGCUGCGACGCAAGCGGCGGCAAGUGGCAGCUGUGGCACCUACACAGAAACGUUAUGAUUACUACGAUGAGGCAAUUGGUGGUGGUGGUGGUGCUGCUGCUGGCUCCCAUGUGGCUGGACUGGGCUUGGACUUGGACGACAAUCUCAAUCUGCAUAAGCAAAGCUCGUUCUACAGCGGUGGCAACCACAACGACGUGGAUCUGCUGCAUGCACCACCAGUUGUGCCCGCUGGCGAUGCUCUGGACACACUCGCCAGCAAGAGCUCGAUCAGCGUGCGUCUGUUCAUACUCAAGCCCGAGAUGCUGCCCUGCCACGACGAGCUCAGCGAUCCCACCGAGCUGCCCCUCUCUCGCGAUCUCAUGGACGUACGCAGCAACGCCGCCCCGGAUCAGCUCAGCAACGCCGCCGGCAGUCUGCAUCUCUGCCUGACUCUGCUGCUGAUCUCGUUCGCGCUGCUGGGUCAGGGUUGAGCUGCAGCCCCCGAGUUUCCCAUUUGUAUAUAAGGCAUACAGACAACUUUUGAUUUCAAGUGAAACUUUUGGCAACGAGCUUCAAAUUAUGAUGAAAACAUAAGAACUAAAAAGGUAAAGAGCAGAGUCUUGUAAAUAUGUAAAAAAGCAACAAAUACGCAAAUGCAAACGAAAACAUUUAAAUUGAAAUUUG